AUAACAUAUGAUGCGGCAAUAUGUAUGCCGUUGGGAUCGUAGCGGAGCAGCGUAGGUAAUCGCGCACGUACCGGGCGUAGUGGCAAAAGACGGUCUUGGCUACGGUGGCAAAGUUUUCAGCCACCCUCACCUGAGGGCGCUACCAGCAGUGGUUCGAUGGUCCGAUCUUGCGCCCUUUCCACCAACGCACCGGCGGUCUUCGGCUGGCUCCUAUCAGUGAUACACCGAAUCAGCUGACGUUCAGAGCGCGCCAUAGUAGAAGGGCGCUGUUGUGUGUAGCAGUGAAGACGCGAGUGUUCGUGAGGGCCGCAGAUCCCGCGGACAAUCUAAUUGUUGUAGCCUAGUUUAACUGUGAUCGUCAAUCGGCCAACGGAAAUUGUUUGACUUACCGAAUGAGUCAGUGAGUUCAACGGAUUAGCCAGUUUUGUAGCAUUCACUCAGCUGAUAGCUUACCAGCGGUGCCGUUUUCGGUUUAGUGCUGUGCCUUGCACAGGAAGAAGGUAACGCCGACGCCGACAGUUAUUUAAUACUUAAGAAUCAUUAAUCAGCGAGUGGUUGGAUUGGCGAACACCGUAGUCGAAACAGAUCAGCACAAAGUGUUCAGUAAGUUAGUCAACUUGGUGGAAAAUCAGGCGAAGUUCGACGGUGUCACAGGACCCUGUUGUUGACAAACAAAAUCGCUGGAAAAGUCCUCUACUGUUCCUGCUAAGGGCUGAAAAGUAACAUUAAGCAUCAUCAUGCGAGUGCGCUUCAUUUCCGUACGGGGUCUCACUCGUAGUUCGAGUACUUCCCAGGUUCAGACUGCCGUAAUGGUUCAGCCAUGCCAGACAGCAAUACCCGAGACGCCCGCAUACCGUAUGCGACCUACAAAGCAACUAUUUACAGAAAAUCAGCAGGUGUUCUAUAAAGAACGCACUAUCAAGGUUCACUCGUGUGAAGAAUUGUAUAAGGAGUGGAAACAUACAAAACCUGGCUGGGAGAACGUGAGCGCCAACGGAUUCACACUAGAGGUUCCCUUCAUUCACACGGGUCUCGAUCGCGGACGUCAAGGCGGACCUAAUGUCGUCGCUCUUCACGGAGCUCCUGGCUCCCAUCGUGAUUUUGACAUGUUGAUUCCAGCACUCGACCAUGUUGGAGCCAAUGUCAUUGUCCCGACCUUCCCAGACUUGCACUAUUCCAUGAAAACACAGAAUUACUGGCACAGUCUUGAGGAGAAGACGGAUCUACUCAAAAGCUACCUAGAAGCAAUCGACGUCAAAGAGGUCGACAUUCUGCUAUGUCAUUCGUCGGCGAUGUAUUCAGCCAUUCAGGUGGCCCUCAACUCUAACAUUACGGUCAACUCUAUGGUCUUCUUUGCUCCGGCAGGCUGCAGACAGCUUACUCAGUUAAGUCCCCUUUCAUUGUUCCACUGGUACAAUCGAAAUUUUCGCCGGCCUUGGGCUCAGAAGCCAAUGAUGGGUUUUGCAGUUGCAAUUAUCGCCGCAUACUCGAAGCCUUCAACCGAUACAGUUGGAACUGUGACGUCCAUGAUGACCAUGAUUCAAAGCAGAUACGACGACGCCGAGCCUUGGUGUCGUCAGCUCCAUCAGCGGGGCGUCCCCACGCUACUUCUCUAUGGUAAACGUGACAAGCUGAUAGACGUGGCGAUCUCGGAGGAGAUGGCCGGUUACCUCGGCAAUCCACACAAGGAUACGUAUUACUUGUACUCGGGCAAAGACGACACCGAAGCUAUUAUGACCAGACAGGGCGUUUCAAACUAUAAGCUUCCCGAGGUGGUUUGUUUCGAACAUGGAUCACACUUCGCCUUCCGGAAGUUUCCCGAAACUUACAAUUUUCAUGUGGCCAAUUUCUUACAGAGACAUAUCCGCGAGACGCUCAAUAAGUGAGCAUGGUAAAUAUACUGUGUCCUGUAAGAUUUUGCGACGUAUGGCCUAGCGAUCAGCCGGCAGCUUUCUUUCGUAUUGGUCAAGCUAUCAGCAUGGAAUCGAUGACGCCUCAGUUUUAUUCACAUAGACGAUGCACGCCAAUUUUCGUUUCCUCGCGGUUCUCUAGGUGAAGUGUAUUAAUUGUUGCAGUGAAUCACUAGUAAACUUUUCAUUAGCGAACAGAAUGGAACUGAAGAAUUAUAAAUGCCCUAUAUACAGGCAUAUUUGACGCUUAAGAUGGAGGCGCAACGUAAACGUGUUUUCGGUAGUAAAUGCAUAGAUGUUAAUCCCUGUGGGUGUACGAGCGCUCCGGUACGAGUGGGUUACCACGCAAGGUACAGAUGAUGAAAAAGAAGGGUGAUGAUGACAAUUUUGGGCAUGAGGCAGAGAAAAAAAGACGCAAGUUCUACAGUAGUUGGUUGGUUGGUUGGUUGGUGGCGAAUGGUCGGAAAUAAACAAAUCAAUUGUUUGUUCACCUGCGAAGAUUUCUCUAGUUCAAAAUGUAUUCCACUUCUCGAAUGGAUAUGAUAAUGUAAUUGUCCUUCUUUCUACUUUAAUCUGUGCUGGAUUUACUGAACGAUCUCCGGAGUAGUCUAGAAACACCUGACUGUACGUUAGUCAAAUCGGCAAACUAAUUGUGAUAAAAAGGGUCUAUUCGAUUUGGUCCUAAUCGAAAAAUCAUAUGGUUACCAUACGAGUAGACAGCCGACCGAAAUUUCCUGCAAUCGUUUAGCUGCCCAUACGUAACCUACAACUGUGAAAUACAUAAUUAUUAUAGAAAUGAUAUAUACAACACCCAAAUACUCUGCUUUUAGUAUCUGCCCUCAUUGUGGUGUAGUAUUACUGCAAUGUACACAAUCUUAACGUUCUAUAAAAAUCACCAUCUAUUUUGGCGGUACCUAUAAAACAAAAAACACACGGCUAUAUUAUUCUAUAGCAUAGUAGGUAAUCAUUUAGGAGUACAAAUAAUAAGCAUAAAGAGUCCAGUCCAUUUUCCGACACCCACUGGCUACUUGUCGCGUGGCAUUACAUUAUCACGUCUAUUCGAAUGUAUUCAAGUAUAAAAAUGUCACCGAGGCGCCAGUGGGGGUAUUUGAUAAACCUGGAUGAGCGAUAAAAACCCGAGUGUUUCAAAAUAAAACGGAAUGAGGAAAAGGCCGCUGUUUCUCUGCGACCUGUGUGAUACUAUUAUCCCGUAUAUGCUGUAAGGCAGCCAUUUAAUAAAUACACACAAUGAUAAUCAUUAAAUGGCGUCUAUCUAUCGAUGACGACCUAUCGAUCUAACGAUGAGAACAACUGUCACCUGGCAACGUUUGCUAUUUUCUGUUGAUAUGUUAUAUAUCAAAUAGAGAUAUUUUAUUAGCUUUAGUGUGUUGUCCAUUUAUAUAUGGUUGCUGAUUGUGCGUCUCUCUAACCGGUGAAUACCAAAGGGCCUUUUUUCGAUUCGUCUAUGUUUCUUUCGACGUCGGCGAUAAACCAACACGAUCCACGUUAAUCUAUCAGAUAUGAACCGAUAACCUAUGAACUCCAUUGUGGACGAGCAAAAAUCAUUCUACCUUACUUAUAUCCUUCUAAUCGUAACAAAUGAUCCUGCUAUUGGUAAAAUCGUGGUUGACAACGUCAAUAUUUACAGACCUUGGGCUAUCUAGCGAACUGUCAAUGGAGUCACUUUUGUGUCGUACUUUCAUAUUGCCCGUAUGGAAUAAUACGUCAGGGGCACAAUGUCACCCGUGAUUUAACAUGGUAUGUUAGUAUAAUCUCUUCAAAUAUUUAGUAAGGCUUGCGUUUGUACCACAUAAAUAUUUGCUUGACACAGCAGUCAGUAAUGUUUAUUGGGUUGUUGUGCUUGGGUCAGUUUCGUCUUCAUAGUUUUCAGAUACGGUUGUCAGACAUUUGCACCGAGGGGUUACCUACCGAGAAGUUAGGGCCAGUCACGUAGCAAGGUUCUUCAUAGUAUCCUCUGUAAAGCAUUAACAUUCCUGAAAACUAUCCGAAACAUGGAAGCUUUUUGUAUUUCCUGUUUCGAAUUUCGCGGAAUUUCGUUUGUAUGGGUUUUGCAAUACUAAAUACUUUUCACAUAUCCCGAGUUCGUCACAGCGACACUAGCGGCAGAAGCCUACUUCGUUUAUAUUCGUUCCUAGCGAAUCGUAACCUUAUAGCAUAUUUCAAAUGAAUUUUAUGGGAUCGGUAUCAUUCGGUUUCUACCGGGUUGUGCUCUUAGUAAUGUCGAGUUGUCAACCUAACAAAGGACUCAGUGUUUCAUUUAAAUACUAGAACAGGCUCCCACUCAAGGCUUUGUAGUAUGGUUUUAACAAAAUUUGCCGUGUGUGGCCUGGUACCGUCGUAGAGAAGGGAUAUUUUUUCAUAUUAUUAACCCCGGAUUGCUUCGACAGCUUCCUGUCGAAGGUACCGAAAGUGCGCGUUUUCUCUACCAAACAUCAACUCUGUUUGAAGCUUGAACACAAACUGAAAUCACAGCACAAUGAAAGUACAACAAACUCCCGGAAGAGACAUGGUUUUCGAAUUGUAUAUUAAGUCAACGAUAAGUAGUAAAGAAGAAUGCAGAUAUUAAGUAAUUUGCCACAACUUGUGGUCCAAUUUAGAAACCUAUAUCUACCUAUUAUAAGUGCAUAUCAUCUAUUCGAACUUGUCUAAGUGAACCUGAAAAUUGUUGUAGUAUAGCUAACAGACGCUUUUUUGAUUUUCCAGAAUAUGUGCCCAGCUAGAAAUACGUUACGUGUCAGCAACGCGUGUUUACAAACUAGUUAGGUUCUCUCCGAUAUGUACGGUGGUGUGGUAAACGUGUUUAUGUCUAUGGUGUAUGCGGUUUUCGUAUUGUACUAAUGUGCUUCAAUAUGUUUUUUAUGAAAGGGUUUUUUUGGUAUGUUUUAUGAUUGUACGUAGUGCCUUUUGUGCCUAACCAUAAAUGAAUGAGCUUUGUUGCUAAGUUGGAGCUGUCGCGCUCGGAAUCAAGAUUUUCCAAAAAUUGUAACGAUAUCAAACUUACAUUUGUGUGCUUCGUUCUUUUCAAACAUAAAUCCAUGGUAGGCACCUCAUUUGGUAUGGUUGACGUUCUGAAAUUUUGAACACUUCACGCAGGUAAUCGACAAGUCCGCCGUAGUCAACAAACGUCGUCGUACUGUAUCUUUACAUAGUAUAACGCCUGGAACUAAGAGAUCUUGAUAUCACUUCAACUUUUGCCCAAGUUCUGGCAAACCAGAUAUCGACGGCUUGUCGGAAGAACGCGCACAGUAUUUAUUCAUUUCCAGUAAUUUAGGCAUAGUAUAUGUAAUUAACACUAAUCUGAUCUCUGUUGCAUUGCCCAAAUUUGACCCAUUUAUGCCGAUUGUGUCCUCAUACUCAAAAACCUACUCGUUCUAUCCGGGUUACAGAAGAACGCCGCAAUUUUGGCCUAAAAACGGAUCCUAUCCAGAUUUGGCGUUAUCUCAGCGGCCUAUUUACUUGCUAUGGCCCUUAUUUACCCUGACAAAUCAAGUGUGGGAUGGUAUUUUAUAUCACUGUGAUUCUCUUAUCUUCUUUGACAUUUGAUUUUUUAACUGUUUUUAUAACUUGUUUCCGGAAUACCUCCUAUACCUUCUUUGAGUUAGCCAAAACUCCGGUCGAGACUAUUUCGAAUUCGUUUAAAUUCCAUCUUCCCUGUCAGUUAUCAUGAUUUUAUAUUCGAAUAAAUACUACUGAAUACUUUUGGUAUCCCAGUCA